GUCGCCAUGGAGUAGCCGGAGCGGGACGGGGCUGAGCCGGGCCCGCAGCGCGACGCGGAGCCCCGUGACAGGCGCCCGGCCGGGCCCACGGCGCCACGGGCAGCGAGGCCCUGCGCCGGCUCAGGUUGAAGAAAUUAAUACUCUUCACAGUUUAUUUGAAAAAGACAAUGAAGAAAUGUUUUUGACUUUUGCUUUUGAAUAUACCACAUAAUUCUGAUUCCAGAAAAUAAGUUCUUCCUGUAUUCUCUCUUCAUCUUUGCUCACACCAAUAAGGAAGGGUAAUACACUGGUGUACACUUGACACAAUGGAGUCCAUGCUGAAUAAAUUAAAGAGUACCGUUACAAAGGUAACGGCUGAUGUCACCAGCGCAGUCAUGGGAAAUCCUGUUACCAGAGAAUUUGAUGUUGGCCGACAUAUUGCCAGUGGUGGUAAUGGACUUGCUUGGAAGAUAUUUAAUGGAACUAAAAAAUCAACAAAACAGGAAGUGGCUGUUUUUGUCUUUGAUAAAAAGUUAAUAGACAAGUUUCAAAAAUUUGAGAAGGAUCAGAUUAUUGAUUCUUUAAAACGAGGUGUUCAGCAACUAACGAGGCUUCGACACCCUCGGCUACUUACUGUUCAACAUCCAUUAGAAGAAUCUAGAGAUUGCCUGGCAUUUUGUACAGAACCAGUCUGUGCAAGUUUAGCUAAUGUUCUUGGCAGCUGGGACAACCUACCUUCUCCUCUACCAUCUGACAUUAAAGAAUAUAAACUUUAUGAUGUGGAGACCAAAUAUGGCUUGCUUCAGGUUUCUGAAGGCCUGUCCUUUUUGCAUAGCAGUGUGAAAAUGGUCCAUGGGAAUAUUACACCUGAGAAUAUAAUUCUGAAUAAGAGUGGAGCGUGGAAAAUUAUGGGCUUUGAUUUUUGUAUCCAGUCAACAAAUCCAUCUGAACAGGAGCCAAAAUUCCCUUGUAAAGAAUGGGAUCCAAACUUGCCAUCCUUGUGUCUUCCAAAUCCCGAAUAUCUGGCACCAGAAUAUAUUCUCUCUGUGAGCUGUGAGACAGCCAGUGAUAUGUACUCUCUAGGAGCUGUUAUGUAUGCAGUAUUUAAUAAAGGGAAACCAAUUUUUGAGGUCAACAAGCAGGAUAUUUAUAAAAGUUUCAGCAGACAACUGGAUCAGCUGAGCCGUUUAAGCUCCAGUACUCUUCAGAAUAUACCAGAAGAGGUGCGUGAACAUGUAAAGCUACUCUUAAAUGUAGCUCCAGCAGUAAGACCAGACGCAGAUCAAAUGACUAAGAUACCAUUCUUCGAUGAUGUGGGAGCAAUGACGCUUCAGUAUUUUGAUUCUUUAUUUCAAAGGGAUAACCUUCAGAAAUCACAGUUUUUUAAAGGACUACCAAAGGUUCUGCCAAAACUACCUAAGCGUGUUAUAAUUCAGCGAAUUUUGCCUUGCUUGACCUCUGAGUUUGUGAAUCCCGAUAUGGUACCCUUUGUCUUGCCUAAUGUUCUCCUAAUUGCUGAGGAGUGCACCAAAGAAGAAUAUAUCAAGCUUAUUCUGCCUGAUCUUGGUCCUGUUUUUAAGCAGCAAGAACCAAUACAGAUCCUAUUGAUCUUCCUGCAAAAAAUGGAUUUGCUCCUAACCAAAACUCCGGCAGAUGAAAUAAAGAACAGCGUUCUACCGAUGGUUUAUAGAGCCUUGGAAGCACCUUCAAUUCAGAUUCAGGAGCUUUGCCUAAAUAUAAUUCCUACAUUUGCCAAUCUAAUAGAUUACCCAUCAAUGAAAAAUUCAUUGAUUCCAAGAAUUAAAAAUGCAUGUUUGCAAACUUCUUCUCUUGCUGUCCGGGUAAACUCACUAGUGUGCUUAGGAAAGAUUUUGGAGUACUUAGAUAAAUGGUUUGUGCUUGACGAUAUUCUACCUUUUCUACAACAAAUUCCAUCCAAAGAACCUGCAGUGCUAAUGGGAAUUUUAGGUAUUUACAAAUGUACAUUUACUCAUAAGAAGUUGGGAAUUACCAAAGAGCAGCUUGCAGGAAAAGUAUUGCCCCAUCUGAUUCCUCUUAGUAUUGAGAACAACCUUAAUCUCAAUCAGUUCAAUUCUUUUAUUUGUGUUAUAAAAGAUAUGCUUAAUAGAUUGGAGGCAGAGCAUAAAACAAAACUUGAACAACUUCAUGUCAUGCAAGAACAACAGAAAUCUUUGGAUAUAGCUAAUCAAAUGAGCGUGACUGAAGAGGCAAGAUCUACCAGUACAAGUAAUCAGAUUGACAAGGUAUUUAAUAAUACUGGAGCUGACCUCCUAACUGGUGGAUCUGACAGUAAAGAACAAGAGUUGUCAUCAAAACAGAGAAAGGCAUCACUUACACUUGAAGAAAAGCAAAAGUUAGCUAAAGAACAAGAACAGGCACAGAAAUUGAAAAGCCAGCAACCUCUAAAGCCACAAGCAACUGCAGUAACACCUCCAUUGAAGCAGACAAAAGACUUGACAGAUACCUUGAUAGAUAAUAUGUCAUCUUUGACAUCUAUCAACAAAACUAAAGUUGCAUCUUCAAACAGCUUCUCGUCUGUCCCUUCUAUGGCUGUUGGAAUGGGAUUUUCAUCACCUGUUGACAGCACAAAGAGAAAUAUAACGAAUGGGCUAAAUACUGGUAUGGGUUUUCAAACUACUGGAUUCUGUAUGGGAAGUGGUCCCACCACUCAGAAUUUCUUCGGUGGUCCAAGUGCAACAGGAACAACCAAGAUGAACAUUGUACCAACUGCCAAUAUGCCGAAUUACAGUCCCAUGAGUGCUACAUCUGCAAUCUCUCCACUGACACAACAAAGCAGACCCCCAGACAUGUCUGCGUUAGACAAUCUUUUUGGUCCUCAAAAACCCAAAGUCAGUAUGAAACAGUUGGCUCAACAGAAGUCAAACCAGUGGGUUAAUCAGUUUGUACCCCCACAAGGGUCCCCAAGUGCAAGUGGUACAGUCCUGGGACCUCAGAUGAACAUGAUAGGACAGCCUGGCUUUGGUAUACAGAGUAAUCCUUUCUUUACUCCUCAGAACUUUGCACAACCAGCAAACACGAUGACAAACAGCAGCUCAGCUAGCAAUGACUUAAAAGAUCUUUUUGGGUAAAAUAUCUUAUUUUCUUCUUUCAAAGGUUGGUGAAAUUUGAAUCAUGGGUAAGCUGAUUAACAUCUUUUUUAAUUACAGAAAGUAUGACUUGGGGAAACUUUCCACUCAGCAAAAUAAAUAAUUUUGCACUAGAAAAAGACUGCUCUUACAUUGUCCUGGUAAUACAGUGGAAAGCAUAAGUACAAAAUCAUCUUAUGUGAUAAUGAUUUCACUUCUCUUUAUCCAGCUUCAGAGCAUUGGAGGUAGGAUGUAUAUAUUCACUCAACAAAGAAGCUAAAUAUUUCAGAAUUAUUCAGAAAUGUAUUUAAUCAACAUAAUCAUUUAUAUGGAAUUUUAUUUCUUAAACAAAAAUGUUUGGGGGUAAUAAUGCUAGUGAAUACAAUUUAGUGCUAUCCUAUGGAUCCAUCUUUUCAGUGUCUGCUAAAUUCAACUCUUGAUGAUUUUUGUAGCCUAAAUUUGGCACAAACUGUCAUUAUGCCUUAUGACAGUAUGUGAAAAGUAAACUCAUGCUUCAUCAGAUAGGUUUGUUAGCCCUGUUACAUAGAAAUACCUCUAAUCUACAACUAUACAGUGGGCUAAGAAAAUAAAAUAUUUUGACUUUCUUCUCCUAUGAGGAUUCCUAUCAGGAUUAAUGUGGAAGUGGACUGCCACAAGAUUCAGGAGGCAUAAGAAAUGAUAUUAAAAGGCAGUACAAAUUUGGGACAGAGAAACAACAUUGCUCCAAUGGACAUGCUGUUUUACGACUUGUUUUAUAAUGUCAGACCAUAGUUACCAGCCCCAUGGCAAAAGCUCCAUACCACUUAAGCAGGAUUUUAAAAUACUUUAAAAUACUUGAUCACAUUUAUUAUGUAUUUCUGUGUUUCGGCUAAUUUGAUACUGCUUCCUGCCAGUGUGUGUGAGGGGAGGAAGAGUAAUUAUGGAACCUCCUAGAAAAAAUGUUCUCUAUAAAGUUCAAAUGCUAACUGCCCCAACUUGUUACAAUUGGUUGAGUUACAUAUAAAUAUUUUGGAUUACUUCAUAGUCUUUGGCUCCAUUGGGAAGAUGGUAAAAGAUUGCCUGGUAGAAGUGUUACACAUUGUUGUGUGAAAAAGCAUAUUGCCAUUAAUUGCCUUGAUUAGAAUAAAUUAUUACUUUUUAAUUUUGUUUUAACUCAAGUCCUGAUGAAGGAUAGAUGAAUAUGAAGUGAUUUCCAAAUACGUGUUUGUAAGCUGUAGAAUAUGGUAAAUACACAGAUUUUUCAAAUCCUUUUUAUUGUAUUAUUCCAAAUUUAAUAAAGCUCUCAGAAAACCAAGCAGUAGUUUCUUCUACUUCCCAGAAGGUAGAUGUUCAGCUUGCCCAUGAUGGAAUCUCUGCUCUGUCCGAUAUUAUAGUUGGGUUUUAACUUUUUCUUUCCUAGGAAUUUCAGGAACUUUCUUACAUGCUAUUUUGAAGAUUAUAGCUGGCUAUUUUGAGAAGGAAAGAACUAGUUACCUUUUUUAUGGAAAGCCUAUGUACUUUAUUUUUCAAAGCCUUUCACUGAAGAAAUUGUUCUUUUAUUUGCUGCUUAAGAAACCAAAGGGCCUUAUGCUGUAAAUGUGACUUGUAUUUUGUUAUAUUUCCACAGUUCUCAGCAGUAAUAGCAUUAAGCAUAUUUCUCAAAUAAUUGUGUAUUAUAGCUCUCACCUUAGUCAUAUUAUUUUAAAAUACAUGGGACCAGUGAAAUUGUGGUUUAGAGAACAAUGCCUAAUACCUUGUGAUGCUUAUGUGCUGUUAGCAUUCAUGGUAAAUGUUGUGGGUUAUGUUAAAAUAUCUACAUAACUUAAAUACAAUACUAGAACUGUUAAAAUGUUGUUUAAGUUCACCCACAGUUACUGGUACUCUGCACUCUGAAUCACACACAGUCUUCUUUUUAUGUCAGUUUUUGAAACCUACAUUUUUCUAGAGUAACAUAAGGCAAAACUUUGAAUUGCUUGAAUCUGUGUUCCUCUAAAUUAUUUGGAAUAUGAGGUUAUAUUAAAAUGACAUCUCUUAGGACUUGACCCUGCAUUAUAUUAACAUAUCCAUAGAGAAAGAAGGUUUAAUGUCCAAUGCCCCUGAAGUUUCAGUCCCUGAUGUCCCUGGACUAGGCGUAUUCGGAGUUGGAUUUGGAUUUAACUUAUUGGAGGGAAAGUUAACUGCAAAAUUUUUAUCACGUUUUAUAUUCCAGAUCUCUUAAAUUAUGGGGUUUUGGAGUAUGUGCUUUUGGCAUGGGCUAUUUUAGAAUACAGAGUAUUUUGUAAAAACAAAACCAAAAAAUCCUGUAGGUUCAAAUUAAGAGGGGCUCUUCUGUGCAGUGGUAAUGUGUUGGAAUAAGAUCUUUAUCUGACUCAACUAAUAUGAAAUGUUUUGUAUUUUGUAUUUCAGAACAUGAUUUUGAUUUCUGCUGCUUGCAGCAAUUUUCAGAAUGGGCAGAGUAGAAGAAUAAUAACAAAGAAAAUUGAAAAGGGUGCUCAUGGAAAUGAUAGGAAUCUUUUCCAGUUAUUUAAAAAUAAAAUUUGAAAAAUAAUUUCAGUUAAAAUCAGGGAGCCAAAUCCAUCUUCCUUGUAGAUGCUUCAUGCUUCGGGAGUCAGGAAACUGUGUAUGUGUUAACUUCUUUAAUUAUUUCUGCUUAGCUUAAAGGGAAGAGGAGUUACAAGAGGUAACUCACCAAGGCCAUGUGCCUCUUGGCUCCUGCUAUAAUAGCUUUUCUUUAGGAGACCUUGUCCAGUUGAUCUCUCCACUUGCGAAUUGUCAUGCUGAGGCUCUGCAAGGGCCUGGAAGAUUCGCACUGUGGCCAGAGUAAAUACCACUGUUGGAGAGCAACAGUUGUACUUCAGAUCCAGUGGGAGGAAUGAGUGGGAGGAAGGGACAAUAUUAUGGAAUAGGGGCAUGCCAGGGGCCUUCCGGGUCUGGACUGGACUGGAAAGCAGCGUUACAUCUAGACUGUUCUUUAUCUUUUUCCUUGCUGAAUGUUGAAGCAGAGAGGAUUAUUUAGCCCUAAUGCAACACAGAAUGGACAACACGAGUGGGAAGUUGAUAUCUGAUCUACAGAAUUGCAAAUUCUUUCACUGAAAAACUAAAUAUAAAAUAAAUAUUAUAAUGCCCAGAACAAUAUUAUAAAUUACACUAAAUCUCUGCUUUUUUUUCUUCAACCUAAUUUAAAAGAAAAAUGUAGAAACCUGGUAGGUUGUAUCAUUACCUUAUGUCCCCCACUGCCAUGUGCACCCAUAUUAUAUUGAGCAGAUCUUCACUAGCACUGUAGAACUGAGAGCAGGUUUUGGGCCUAAGUGCAGUCUACUUGAUUGACUUUAUGUUAGUUUGUAAAGGAGAAAUAAAAAGGAGGAGGGAGUAAGUUCUUAAUUUUUAACUGAUUUAGCUAAAAUAUGUUUAGGGGGAGAAAUGCAAAGAAGAAGAAAUGAAAAGAAGAGAGAUGGAAAUAGCUGCACACCUUAAAUAUAAGCUAGCCAAAGUUGUCCUUUGGCUAACUUGGUGUAUAACCUAAAUGAAUGCUUUUGUACCAAGUUGGUAGAUUUCCAUAUUAGAAUUGUUGGUUCAUUUUUUUUUUUAAGUAUGAAAGUCUCCAAAGCAUUUUUUUUAAUGAUUUUAGAAUAUAAACUAAUCCUCUGAAUGGACAGACUUGUAUUAAAGAGGCUUGAAAAACUUCCUCUGCCAGGGCUAAUUGAGAGGGUCUUGGAAACAACUACCUUGCCGAUUAGUUUAGAAGCGCCUGGGCCUUCUCUCAAGGGGAGAGAAGUAGGGAGUGAAAUGGCAAGUGUCAUUUCAAGGAUGGGCGAGGAAGCAGAUGUUUCCAUUCCUUUUCAUGGAAGUCUUGUGAGUAAGGCACAGAAGAGCCUAUGGAAAAGUCCAAAGGCUUUUCAAAGUCCCUGCUAAUGUAGGAGGCAGCACCAGAGGAGCCUUUGGAAAGGUAAAGGAGUCCACCAAUAAUUUGAGGGGGAGGAGAGAAAUUUUUGCUGGGAAAUUGGAUAGGAUUCCCUAGUUUGUUUUAAUGAAUAUACUGUAUCUUUCUCCCUCAGCUGUAAUGUGAAUCAAAUAGAAAUGCCUUACAGGAGUGCUGUGGCCUUAAAAGUCUGCCCAAAUGUUAAGUUCCCCCAAGUAAAAAGCAGAAAUUUUUGAUGUAUAGGUGUGCAACAUUUCAAGCCUUAUUUAAAACUUUCCUUUUAAGUUUUGUCGUCUUAGUAACACCUUUUCCAUUUGUUUCACGAGUACCCUGCUAGCCUUUAAAGCAAGAAAAAUGUGUAUUUUAAUUUUUGUAUUGUAAUUUCUGUUGUAUAGGGGUCAAUAACUAGGAAGGUAAGCGUGCACUUAGAUUACAGGGUAAUACUUGGUUACGUUGCACCAUGAGAGCAAACAUCAAUUGUGAAGUUAAAUUUGAGUCGAAUUCGGCAGGACUUUUGUACAGACAAUGAAUCGUGUGAUCCUUUUGUUAUGUGCUCUAAAUUCGUAUGGUUACUGUGCCCACUUCUUCGUGAUUUGAGCAGAAAAGGAAGGGUUUUUUAAAAAAACAAAUUUAAGAACACUGGAUCUCAUUGCAGAUGAAUUGUUUGGACUUCAGAAUGACUUUUUUUUUUUUUAAUUGAUUAGGAGUUUUUAUUGGGGGUGGGGUGGGAUAUCGCUGUUUUGUGCCAUUUCAAAUGACAGAAACGUCCGAGGAGGGCAGCCAGCUUGUGUUGUAUAUGUGACCCUUUUUUGGUCUUUGCUAAAAUGAGAGAUAUGCUGCAUUUUAUAUACUCGUUGCGAACUUUUAUUGUGAAAUACUUGUGAGGAAGCCGAUCUGGAGAAUUUCAGAUGAGUUAGCUAAUUUUCAAGUGAGGUCCUGCUUUGUAUGUAUCUUUCCAUUAGGUUUUGACUGCUGUACAAGGAAUUACACAAGGCACUAAAACCUCGGAUUGAUGCAUCAAAUGCCCUUGGCUACCAGACCUCCCCCUUAAAUCAACACAACGGAAAAGCCCCUGAAGUUGUGGUGUCUUUCAGGUCUCUGAAACGGUUCUGGCUGCUGUACAGAUUUCUGAAAUGAAGUUGUAAAUCAAAACUGCUUUAAUGUGUUAUAGUGAACUCAGGCCUUGUGCAAAAUACUUGUUUAUUUGUCUAAUCGUACAGUCUCUGUACUAGUGGCAGUUUUAUGUUUAGAUCGUAAAACAUUAAUAUUCUCAUGAGGCGUGUAAAAUGAUGUUAUUAUAGUGUCAGCUGUGAUUCCUGAUCAGAACCGUCAUAGCAUGGCAUUAGUGUAUCUCUGGUUUGUUGGACAGCUCUUCAGAAACAAAUUUAUUCUUGUAUCAACUUUUAGAUCAAUUACUUCAAAAAUAUGUAAAAGCUACAGUGACCGUUUCAAGGAAUUCAUAUCACUUUGUACUGUGAAUGAGGUUGCCUAUGGAAAUAAAUGAACUUUUCAUA